AUUAGGAAAGCACAAGAAAAGUAUUAAGACUAAUGAAAGUGUUACUGGAAAACUUGGAAAAGGAUACAAAAUGCAUCUAUUGGUUGCUACAUGCCUCAAUAAAAUCUUGCUAGCUUUUAUCAUCUUGACGCAACUGGUUUCCAGCAUCGAGUGGAAAUACAGUGCACUCCUUGAUAACAAUUUCUUAAUGUUAUGGACACCUGGCGAUAACGAUGUGACAUUCGAAGUGCACGUAAAGACGGCCGGAUAUAUUGGUUUCGGUUUCAUGCGCAACAGUGAUCAUGACAGCAUUGACAUUGUCAUCGGUUGGAUUGAUAAUGACGGUCAGGCUCAUCUACAGGAUCGUCAUAUAAAAGGUGCCAACCGUGUUCCGCAGAUGGACUCAAGUCAAGAUUACCAUUUACAAUCAGGUUAUGAAAAUGAGACACACACUGUGCUGCGAUUUAAUCGCCGUUAUAACACAUGUGAUAAUCGGGAUCUGGAAAUUACGAAUGAUACUCUACAAAUUAUAUGGCAGUACCAUGUUGACGAGCCUGUAUCUGCAGCAAGCUUACUUCCUAUGGACGGUGUAGUGCAUGGUGUACAACCGCUAUAUCUCAUACAACGCAACGUUUAUAGACGGCGCAACUCUGAGUAUAACCAUGAGGCCGAAGAUCCAUUUCAUAUUUGGAACAUCUUUAAUGCUCAAGUUAAUUUACCUAUGGAUCAAAAUUCUUUUCUCCAAUGUCGUGUUUUUAGUCUCCCAAAGAUCCUACAGAAGCACCAUGUAUUUAGGUAUGAACCCAUUAUUGAACCCGGAAGUAAGAGUUAUCUUUAUCACAUGACCUUAUAUGAAUGUCGUGGGGAUGAAGUUAUGCUGAAGGAAGUAAAAAAAUAUAAUAGCAUGAAUUGCUCUUCGAACGAUAGGCUACACAUACAGUGCAAUACCAUUGCUAUAAUCUGGAGUUUAGGAUCAGAGGGUUUCAAUUAUCCAUCGGAAGUCGGUUAUUCAUUAGACCCGCAUAUAGGACCACGCUUCUAUAUGCUAGAAACGCAUUUCGCGAAUCCUCAAUUGGACUCUUUUGACAUAAAUAAUUCGGGCCUAAGGCUUUUCUAUACAGAGAAACUACGUACGCAUGAUGCUGGUGUACUAAGAAUUGGAAUUGAUCCGAAUUGGCGUCACAUUAUACCACCUGGUCAGUUAGAGGUCAUAUCCCAAGGUCACUGUAUAGCUAGAUGCACGGAAUAUGCAAUACCAGACGAUGGUGUUAACAUAUUUGCUGUAAUUAUGCAUAUGCAUCAAUUAGGAAAAAAAAUGAAAGUGAGACAAAUUAGAGAUGGCAAGGAAAUGCCACCAAUUGUUGCAGAUUCUAGCUAUGAUCCUAAUUAUCAAGAAUAUAGAAAAUUACAGAAACUCAUUAAGAUUUUCCCAGGAGAUCAUUUAAUUUCAGAAUGUACUUAUUCUUCUCAAACAAGACAAACCAUUACAUUGGGUGGAUUAACAACAAAAGAAGAAACUUGUCUAGUCACGGUUUUAUAUUAUCCAAAAAUCGAUUUAUCCCUUUGCUACUCGCUUCCAGCUCUUUCAACUAUUCUUCGCAGUCUUGGAAUAAAUAAACUUGAUGGACCAAGCCCGCUAAAGAUAAUCUCACCAACGGAACUGAAGGGUAUGACACUGGAAGAACACCUCAUUACCUAUAACUGGCAGAAGAGUUUUCAUAACUUCACGAUGGCAAUGCGCACUGGCACCUUUAAAUCACUCUGCAUAAAUACCAAAGGAACGAUUUUACCAGAAACAUCAAUUGAAUCCUAUUACCCUUAUAUAAUUCAAAAGCACCAAGAUUUUGAAACUCCAUGCAUGUGUAAAUCUCAACACAACAAAUCCUUGAUAUUACUAUCAAAAGACGCUGAAAUAGAAAAUGUCAAGAACAAGUCCCAUUCUGCAGAAAUGAGACAUUCAGUACGCAAAAAGUUAUUGUAUGACAGCAAUACUUCUUUCUUAACAUCCGGUUCAGUCAACAAGAAUACUUGGAUUACAAUGGCAUUACUUUUUUUAGUUAGAAUAAUUAGAUGAAAAAUGAAGAAACAAAAAAUUUUACGAUAAGAGAACUACGUGAGCAAGUAAAGAAUACAAAUAAACUUUGCUAUUAUAUUUAUUAUAUUAUUAUAUACUCAUUUGUAACAUUAACUCUUCUAUUAAUAUGUAGCUAGCUAUUGGGUAGGCUUCUAUAAUGUAUAUUUUGUCAUAACAA